AUGGCCUUAGAAAAUAAAGCAGAGAAUGCACAGAUGAAGUUAGAAGAUAUCAGCCCUCAACCCCCAGUGUCUCCAUCGGCAGCGACACCAACCAAAGUCGAGCUCCUUGCCGAAGGAAUUGCCCUUGAAGCCACCCACUAUGUCGAGGCUGUUGGAUGGAAGUUUCUCGCCGAGCCUUACAUAAUCGGCUCACUUGCUGCGAUGUCCUUCGGCUUAUUUAGCGCCGCAUGGGGCUUUGCUCCUCCAGCAUCAGUUCUGAUCUGGAUCAACGCUGAUAUUGGAUCUGCGACCCAAUCCAACGGGUUCCUUUUUUCCGUUAUGCAGACCCUUGGGACCACUCUUGGCUAUAUGUUCGUUGGUCGUUUGUCUGAGGUAUAUGGUAGACGCUGGGUUAUGAUUGUCUUUACACUUUUUGGGCUAGUCGGAUGUAGGACUCCCCUUUCCACUCUCAGGAUCCUGCUUAUGUCUUUAGCAAUUGUUGCCGGAACAGCUCAGGACCUCAACACAUUUAUUGGAGCAAAUAUCCUUAUGGGCCUCGCAACUGGUGCUCAAUGCUGUUAUGCGUUCCUAGCUGGAGAACUCAUGCCUAAUAAGCACAAGAUGCUUGGUAUGGCCAUCGUCGUUCUCUUCUGUUUUCCUGGGACAGCCAUGGGCGCUUAUUUUGCACGAUCUCUUGUCGAACAUGCCUCGUGGAGAUGGAUUUACUACAUCUAUAUAAUUUCACAGACCCUCUCCCUUGCUCUUUAUAUCAUAUUUUACCACCCUAAGGAAGCCGCUCAAGCUUUUAAUAAGCGCGAGCAAACGAAGAAACUGGAUUUUAUCGGAAUAUUUCUCCUAGUUGCUGGCCUCGUCUUAUUUAUCCUCGGUAUCAUGACUGGUGGAUCUCCAUAUCCUUGGAUGUCUGCGCAUGUAAUCGGAAUGAUCGUAUCAGGAGGCCUUUGUCUUAUUGCUCUUUGUGUGUGGGAGCACUUUCAGGGAGAGAACGCGUUUUUUGCUGUUCACCUGUUCAAAGAUGUUCGAGGCUUUGGAAUGAACUGCAUCUGCUCAGCAGUAGGAGGAAUUUCAUACGUCGCCUUGAGCAUCAUCUGGCCAACUCAUGUCGCAUAUCUGUAUAGCAGCGGAUCAUCAUGGGAAACUGUGGCUGCUAUUUCUUGCACAGUUGGCUUCGGUCUCUGGGGAGGAAUGGUCUUCCUAGGACCUCUGUGGGGCCCUAUCGGACAUCCAAAGCUGACCUUGAUCAUCUCGAAAUUGUGGAUGACUGCCUUUAUCGGAGCUUUGGCUCAUUGUGGCCCUGAUAAUAAGACAUUCGCAAUUGUCUGCUCAUUCCUUGCUGCUCUGCCCAUCGGUUUUGUUGAGCAACAGACAGGAGCCAUCGCUCAGCUCGUGGUAGGUGAUAAAGACAUAGGUACAUCCUUUGGAACCAUGGGUUGCGUGAGAGUUGGCGUUGGCGCAAUCGGAACAGCGAUCGUGUUGGCCAUCCUGAAUGCAAAACUUCCUGUCGAACUUGAAGCUCAUAUCCUGCCAGCAGCCCUCAACGCUGGUCUCCCCGCAACUUCGGUAGCUGACCUUUUCCUCGCCGUAUUUUCAGCUUCCGAGACAGCGAUGGCUGCUGUUCCUGGAAUCAACAGCGAAAUAAUCGCUGCUGUAGGUAGAGCGCAGCUUGAAGGAUACGCAGCGGCCUUUCGUUACAUUUACUAUACAACUAUUCCAUUCGGGGUUGUGGCAAUCGCCUCUGCCAUCGCUCUGCGCCCAGUGGCCUAUUUACUCACUGACCAUGUGCCGAAAAUGGUCGAGAAUCCACAGGCAUAUCACGGCAAGCGAGACUUGGAGAAAUCUGUAGAUUGA